GUCAAUGUCAUAUGGUUUCUGUUAUUGUCGUUUGCACAGUACGCGGCCGGGCUCGGGUGCAAGAAAGUGUCGCUUUUCCGCGGGAGUUGGGAAAACUCCGAACUCGCUGCGAACCGUGCGGUACGUGUUUCUUCGAUUGCAUCGGUUGCAGGUUUGCACACCGCGGAACGGUAUCCGGUACCGUUGUCCCCCGGGGGCGCGGACAUUGCGUUCCUUCCGCGUGUUUUGUUUCAGUGUGCGUGCAGUGAAAACACGUGUGUGCGUAUGUAUUUGCGAAAUCCCAAAAAAAAGGUCCUGUUUCUUGUUUCGCAAUCGCAGCCAAUCCAUCAACCAAUCAACGGAACCUCACCAAACGGGAUGCACCAAACAACCGUGACGGCGUGCAAUUGCAAGUGAGCGAUGCAGUGUUACUACGAGGAGCAGCUAAAGCGCGAACUGGAGAAGUCGCCGAUAGACGAGACGACCGAGCUGAAGGGGAAGUGGAGCUGAGAUUGAAUCCUGCGAGCUUCCUUACGCUGUGUAGCAAGCCGAACGCAAACAACGGAUCUACGGAUCUUGCGUGCCUGUGUUAACAACGCCCGCCCUAUCUUCUGCCAUCAUCGGGUCAUCAUCAACAUCAUCGUCAGCAGCAGCAGCAGCAGCACGAGCAACGGUGCCGUCGUCACCUGUUUUGCGGUGUGUGUGGUGCGACCCUACUCGCUUACUCCCACCAUAUCCGGCCGCUGCUUCGGUUCGGAAAAAUCGGUGUCGGGGUGGAAAGGAACGGCCUGGAGACCUCCGGCGCGUCGGGGGCGCACUGUGAGCGCACCGAGUGAAAGCGAUAGACGCGAGGUUCGAUCUUCACCGUCGCAGUCUCGCGCUCGAACAUCUUAACUUUCCGAAGCCGAUUUCCGUCCGACGACGGCGACCCCACCGGUGUAAGAACGGGGCGUACGGACAUACAUACACACACACACACAUAGGCUGUGUUUCCCGUAGGGGGAAAAAGAGAGGCUGUGCGCGGACAGACACACACACACACACACACGCGGUACGCAUCGCAACGGUUCGCUCUCAUCAGCGGGGUUUUUCGCGCUCUCGGACCCGCGAACAAACCGGUACCAGCGGUGCUGAAGCGGGACCGCAAACCGUGCCGGAAAGAGAAGGCCACAACCGCGCACGAUCUUCGGGCAGAGUGACAGCGUUCGGGGCGAUCGUGUGAUAUCGGCUGAAAAGUCUCUGGUACGGCCCGGGGGACGACCCUGAUUGGGGUGGUUUUGGGGUUUCGGUGGUGCGGGAAGCGAAAAGGGGGGGGGGGGGGGUGGGAGGUGCGAUCACGGUGCGCGCGCCCGUUGGUGGGGCACGCAGCAACAGCGGCAGCAGCAGCAGCAGCAGCAGCAGCAGUAGCAGCAGCAGCGGCAGCGGCAGCGGCAGCAACAGGCAGCAGCAAGCUUUUCGGGGGCUUCGAGUGCUCGAGCGGUCCAUCGAUCGGAUCACAAUUGUUUUGACUAUGGCGUGUUUAAGUUCGUCCAAUCGGGCCUGUGCCCGCGUUGUGCAGGAGAAACUGUGUCAGUUAGUUGCGGUCUCGAAGAGCCAGCUCGGGUAUCAGCAGCAGCAGCAGCAGCAGCAACAGGUCCAGCUGCUGCAUGCGACCGGCCCAGUGGCCAGUACCGUCGGAAAUGGUGUCGGUGGCGGUGGGGGUGGAGGUGGCGGCGGUGGCAUCGGUGCCAGCCUGCCGAAAGUGGGUGCCGCCGGGAAACGGACCUUCCUGCUGUCGUCCGGUUGUGCGUACCCACUGUACAGUGUUGGCCCAGCCGGAACUGGGACGACGCCGCUGGUCGCGGCCGUGGCGCACAGUGUCGGUGGUUCGAUUGGCAUCGCACGCAACUUCUACACCGGUCGCGGCAACUUCAUUCAACCUACUUCAGUCGCCAGAUCUGCCGGAGUUCCGGCCGAUGCGCUGCUGUUCGAACGGAACCAGAAAUGCAGCUCAACCGCAAAUCUGCAUCCCUGCAUGCGAGGGUACAGCUCCGUGCACACACAGCAACCGGCCGGACCGAUACGGGAGUACAACAUCGACCCAUACAUACUGCUGGAGGACGAGCUGAAAUACAUCUUCGAGGACAUCAGGCAGGAAAUCAGCCGCGCGACAAAUCACCAGGAGCUGAACAAAAUAGCCGUAUACUACUUCGAUGGACAGGGCAAAGCUUUCCGACCGAUGGUGGCAAUACUGAUGGCGAAGGCACUGAACUACCAUAUGCACAACGAAAACAGCAACAUAGUGAACGCUCAGCGACAGAUAGCAAUGAUUUCGGAGAUGAUUCACACGGCCAGCUUAGUGCACGAUGACGUUAUCGACCAGUCGUUUGCCCGGCGAGGUAAACCGAGCGUGAACGUGCUGUGGAACCACAAAAAGGUGACGCAGGCCGGUGACUACAUCCUUGCCGUUGCCUCGAUGCUGCUGGCCCGCCUGAAACACGACGAAGUGACACACAUCCUCAGCCAGGUUCUAACAGAUUUGGUACAGGGCGAGUUUAUGCAGCUUGGUUCGAAGGAAACGGAAAACGAGCGCUUCGCACACUACUUCACCAAGACGUACCGGAAGACCGCAUCGUUAAUAGCGAACAGCUUGAAGGCGGUUGCGGUCCUGUCCGGUGCGGACGAACAGAUGGCAGAGCUUAGCUUCCAGUACGGGCGCAACCUUGGGCUCGCCUUCCAGUUCGUGGACGAUCUGCUCGACUUUGUGUCGAGCUCGGAAGCGAUGGGCAAACCGGCGGCGGCCGAUCUGAAGCUUGGCCUUGCCACCGCACCGGUACUGUUUGCCUGCGAGAAGUUCCCCGAGCUGAACCCAAUGAUACUGCGCCGCUUCCGCGAGCCGGGUGACGUUGAGCGAGCGUACGAGCUGGUACACCAAUCGCAGGGACUCGAACAGACGCGCUUCCUCGCCCGCAAACACUGCAUCGAGGCGCUCCGGCUUGCGUCCCAGAUUAGCGAAUCACCGUACCAGAAGGGGCUGAUCGUGGUCGGCGAUUUCGUCCUCAACCGGAUGAAGUAACAGCCGGCAACCAGCGGUACCAACAUUCUCCAAAAUUCGUCUCGACAAGCAGCAAAACCUAUGUCGGCGGGGCAAGCGUUCGUCGACAUAGACAUAAAGACACACACACACACACACACGCGUACACAGAUAAAAGCCUCUAAAGCCUAAAGAAAAAACAUAUACUGCGGGGCGCAAGAUGGCGGAAUAGUGUUUUCAAAAUAACCAGCCUCAGGAAUUUCGAGUAAUCGAAGGCGCGAACACCGGGAAACCUGGAACCCUUCUGUUAGGAAAAGAAAAAGACAUUUACUUUACUUUACUCGAACGGACCAGUACGUACCUCCCCCGUUAUGUGGGCCCUUCAUCAGCCCAAACGCCCCCCCCCCCCCCCCCACUUCGUUUCUCUCCUCCUCCCGCUCGUCCUCUGGCAGCCCGUUUUCUCCCUUAGCAAUACGCCAGUUUGCACACACACACCGACACGGUAGACGUUAGUGAACUAACAAUAUUAGCCUACGACGAUAGUCGAGUUGCAGGUACGGCACAAGAAGAGAAAACGCGAUGCACAAUCUCUCCAAGAAAAAAGAAAAGGCUCGGGCUCGUAUCUUUUUUUCCUCUUUUCCAUUCGGGAUGAUUUUCGGGGACCUUAAACUAUUAUUUGUUUUUCUGUUUGUGUUCACAUUUUUAAAACUGUUUUUGUGUAUGUGUUUGUUUGUUUGUUGUUGCAAAUAUGAUUUAAAUUGGCGUUGGUGGGAUCGUCUAUUUGUUUUGUCUGUUGUGUGUGUGUCUUGGGAAACGGGGAAAGCAUACGCGUUAGCAUAAAGCAUAAAAAAAAUUAAUACAAAAACAUACAAAAAAAAAAUUGUUUGAUGAAGCUAAGGAAAGAUAGUGUGUAGGAAAACAAGAAGUUUAACGAGCGUGAGCGAAGCUACUACUGCAGGGUUUUCUCGAUCUGUAUAAUGGAACUUUUGUAUCAUACUCUAUCCAGGGGAGCGGCUUCUAAUUGAUUGUAGAAUAUUGGAAACCUGUUGUGGAGCUCAUAUAAGGGAAUUUUGUAUACAAUUAAGAAAACAAAAUGCAAUAAGCAUUAAAAAAAAUUAUGGAAAAAGUAACUUCCAGCUAAAUUAUCACUCUUCAAACCGGUGUAAAUGUUAAUUCGGUGACAUUUAGCAGAUUUGACAGAUAAAGUUCCAUUACAGUCGUAUUGCAAAUUUCUCCCUUACUGUAUGCAAAAUUCCCUUAUAUUGCAAAGGACCAUAACCAGGUUAGUAAUAUUCCACCAUCCAUUUGAAAAAUUCUCUUAAGCGAUUCAGAAAGUUCCACUAUAUCGAUCGCAAACCCUUCGUAUGUGUGCGUGUACGGUGUAUAUGAAUGUAGCGACUAAGCCGGCGGUGUGCGAGCAUGGUCGCGUUUCUUUAUUCGUAUAAGUCAAUUUUUCGUUAAUUUUUAUUUUGUUUCAAGUAGUGUGUGUGUGUGUUUUGUUUUUUGCCUUCGUUUCUUCUUAUUUUGUCAACAACGAAAAAACGGUUGAAAAGUUAUUCUAGUGAUGGGGGCAAUAGUAACCGAUGUGCAAUUUUGAUUUGUUUUUUAACCAUAAACCUCUCUAAGCAAACUCGAAGCGUAUUGUUGUUGUUGUUGUGUGUGUGGGGAAAAAAACGUUAGCAAUAAUUAUACACACAAAUAGCAAAAUGGCAGGUUGACCGCGUGUUGCUAUAACUCUUAUUUACUUGCAACAGUUUAGCAUGGUUAUAGCUGCAGAGAUGCUGGUAGAGAGUUGGUUUUAGCUAUCCUAAAAUAACCAAGACGUACUAUAGCAUAAUGUUUACAUUACCAAAAAAAAAAAAACAAAACACAAACAACACACUCACACCUAUUUACCGGUUUUUGCUUUAUUUAUUCUCCUAACACACACACACAAACACCCGCACAUUUUCGUAAAACAAUGGAAGAGCACCACAGAAGCAGAAUAGGAAACAGUUUAGCAUCCGUAGCGUACCGUGCGAUCAUCCCUCAGGGGGUUUGACAACCCUUCUUCUGUACAUAAGACACACAGCCAAACAUGUAGUAGGCCACCAGCACCACCACGAUCCCGGUCUCGCCCCGUGCUCACCAUCAGAACAAGCCGAGAUGCGAGAUUUGUAAACAAUUGAACAGGCUGUCAAAUGUUAGCACAAAUCGAACACAAUAUCCCUUUUAAACCCCGACCCCGAAUGAGAGGAACGAACAAACGAACGCCAGGUGUGUGUGUAUGUGUGUGUGUGUAGACGGGCUAGACCGUGGUGUUGGUGGUGUUGUUCAGACCUCUUGUCCUUUACCGGUUUUCGUUGACUCCCUUUGCUCACAACAGGAGGAUUGCAACAGUGUUGUGUGCGUCUACAAACAAAAAUAAUAAAAAAACAGGGUGAUGGUAGUAGCUGAUAGUUGAUAGUUGAUAGUAAAGUAUAAUAGUAACCGGUAGUAGCUCAACCACAGAGAUAAGCAGCAAAGCGACACGUACCCACGCAAACAACAAUGGUCGAAUGGUAGUGAAAAUGAGUUUUAUAUAGGUAUGUGUGUAUUGGUUAAAAGGAUGCUAAAAGUAGAACCAGUCACGUGGGUGUGUACGAUAUAUAUACGAACUGGUCUCGGGCGUGCGUUUUAGUAUGUAAGGCUGGCCCAUAGCAAAGUGGCACACUAAAUUUACAUACACAGAUUUUUGUUUCGUUUUUCGUCGUUUAACCACACGGACAUCGGUAUCGGUUUUAAGUCUGCUCAAUUACUUUUAUAAUUUUGUCCCCCCCUCCUGUCCUGUCUUGCUGUGUUGUGUUUUAUUCUUUAGCGUACUAGCACACAAACACACACACAUAUAAAUACAGAGAAGGCAGGAGACACGAACAAAAUGAUGGUGAACCAGGUGUUAAUCCCCCAGACAAGGUGAACAAGAUUUCGGGACCCUUACAUGUACAUAGUAUCUAAUAUUUAAUGUGCCUUGCUGGAAUGGCAUGCCAAGGCGCGAUGGCAUACGUAUACACAGUUACACAACCGCACAUACCGGCAUAUCUUGGCAGAAGAAAGUCUUUCCCUUUUUUUCCGCAUUCAGCUUCGACAGCUUUGCGAGGACUACACAAGGGUUUGGUUAUAAGUCUUCUACUAGCUUUAGGUGUGUUUUUCAUACUUGGAAAUGAAUUCUUGAACUUUUGAAGCAGGCAGACAAAGAUUUUAUAGCUAAAACCCGGAUCAGAAAAACAAAGCACCCAUAAACACGGGGCUUUGGAGAAGAUGCCAACAUUGUGUCCACAUCACACACGGUCCCUAGCUACUGAUGUCCUGAACCAAGCAAGCUGGACACUCCCGCACACAUUCAAACACACACACACGUAGUAAAAUUUAAACUACAAUAGAAACACACACACACACAUGUAUAUGAAUAAUUAGUCGCACGGUGUAAGAAGGGUGAAAGAAGGAAAAUGUUUGUUUGUUUGUUUGAAUGCAGAGUUUUUUUUUUACUUUAGUUUGAAGUAGAUUAAGAAGCAGCCCCCCCACACAUCGUUACACAACCACAGCCACGUAUAUUCAUGUAACAUCAAAACACUAACAAAACAAAAAGCAACUGCCUUGAAGUCGUGUGAAGUCCGUGCAGUCGAAAGAACGAUGCGGAGAUUUUAGAAAUUUAGCGAUGCGGACAUGCAACAAAGCGAUGCAGCAAACAAUCAAUGGCGUGGAUGCUUGUAGUCGGACAGAGUGUAUAUUUACUAAAGCAAACUGUUGCCACCUGUGCAGCUUACAAAUCACAUUAGAGGGGGACAACAAGGCGAAACAAAAUUACCCAGAGAGAGAGAGAGAGAGAGAGAGAAGGGAGAAGAAAAAAGAAGGCAUGGAGUGUGCGUGUGACAAGAGAAGAAGAAAAUGAAAACCACAGCGAAAAAAAAAAACGUAUGGACCGGAGAAGCAAACGGGAUGGGUAAAAUAAUGGAACAUUGUUCUAUCCCGAUUUUUUUGUGAACCAUCUUUUCCGGACAUUAUUAUAAAUAUAUACACUUAUACAUAUACAAUAAAUAUACAUACAUAUGCUA